AGGAAAAAGGAAACGAAUGGAGGUUUCGCAGUUAGUUUGGCUUCAAGAACUCGAGGUUCUCUCCGCCGUUCAUUUUUAUAGGUUUGAAGGAUUCGGGAGAAGAUGAAGAAACGAUGUCGUCAUGAUUUGAGUAGGCGAUUCGGAAUCUGUGGAUCACCAAGGACAGCAGAAAUUCUUCUACCAACUUGAUGAACCGGAGUACAACAACUUCACAAAACGAUUGGAUCGCUUCGAUGACCGUCGACAGAAGAAAAAUUUAUUUUCUACAUAA